AUUAGUUAUCAAAAUAAAUGCCAGGGCCUGGUGCGUAGCACUUUGGUCAGCAAAACCUACCGUCGUCAUUAAAUUCCCCGCACAAUCUUUGCCAUUGCGCUCUUUCACACGUCCUGUCCUCAGUAGGCUCUUUUCCACUGGUGUAUUCUCCGCCUUUGUCUCACUAAUUGCGUCUACAACUCUACAUUCAUCAAAUUCUCAAGACAUAUUUACCAGUUUUAAUACGCAUAUCUGCUUGCCCCUUUAGAGCUCAUAGUUUUUCUUCACUUUCUGCUUUCUGGGUUCUUCUUUCACAAGUAAUUGUGUUCUCAUUGGAUACUAUAUUUUUUUCGGAAAAAAAAGAAGAAGAAGAGCCUUUCCAUCAUAUACUGCACAUUGAUCACAGCUUCGUGAUCAAAUCUACUCAGUCAGAUAAGAUAUCCACCCCUGGCAGCAGUAUAAUCACUACAUCCAGCAUGGAGGGAUAACGCUUUCUGUUUCUUGAUGUCUACCUUGGGAAAUCCUGCAAACAUAUUCUGGCAUGAAUGUCCAGUUGGAAAGGCAGAGAGGGAAAAGCUGCUUAACCAACAGGGAUGUGUUGUAUGGAUUACAGGUCUCAGUGGAUCAGGAAAAAGCACACUUGCUUGUUCCCUAGGUAGAGAAUUACACACAAGGGGUAACCUCUCUUAUGUUCUUGAUGGUGACAACCUUAGGCAUGGUCUGAACAAGAAUCUUGGAUUCUCGGCAGAAGAUCGUACUGAAAAUAUACGUAGGGUUGGUGAAGUUUCAAAGCUCUUUGCAGAUGCUGGAUUAAUAUGCAUUGCAAGUUUGAUAUCCCCUUACAGAAAGGAUCGUGAUGCUUGCCGAGCAUUAUUUCCGGAUAAAAGUUUUAUUGAGGUUUUUAUGAAUAUGCCUCUGGAACUGUGUGAAGGAAGAGAUCCAAAAGGCUUGUACAAGCUUGCUCGUACUGGAAAGAUCAAAGGUUUUACCGGAAUAGAUGAUCCUUAUGAACCGCCAUUGAACUGUGAGAUUGAAAUACAACAAAAAGAUGGAGUAGUUCCGACACCACAUGAGAUGGCUGGGCAAGUUGUCUCAUACAUGGAGGGCAGAGGCUUUCUGAAAGCUCAGUAACAGGAUCGCUGGAAGUAAAAUAAGAAAAGACUUGGCACACAGUCAAAGUAUCUGCAUCUCCUUCAAUAACCAUAUUUAUUGUUUAAAAUCAUCAAGUUUGAGAAGGUAGUUAAUGAUCAUCUCGUAUCAGAGACAUGGUUAGGAGUAUACAGCACAUAUUUUUUCUUCAGAUUAGUUAGAUACAUAGACGUAAGUUAAUGAGUUUGCCUCUCUAGUGCAGUAGGUUCCAGAGAUUGUUCCGCAGCUAUCUUGCGCUACAUGAUCACAGGAAAUUCCCAUUUGUUUUUACUGGGUAUAUCAAAGGCUGCAAAUCACAGGCUGGGUAUAUUACACGAAUCUAUAUCUAUAUAUAAAUAUAAAGUUGGGAAUGGAGAAGGUGACGUAGCAUGUCUCUUUGUCCAAGAAUCAUAUUUA